AUGACAUCCCAUAGUGACCCACAAAAGGAUCCCAACUCGCGCGUCCCGCUGGCGCCCGUACUCCAUCGCGUCUGGGCCACGUCGACGCCAUACACAGCCUCAAUCCAGGCAAACAUCAGAUCCCUUGACCCCAGACGUCCACACGUUGGCGCCCACCACAGUGACCACACCCAGCGCGCACGCUACAUAGGCGGCCCUAGCGCGACACUGCUCCUCCACGACCUCUUGUCUUGUUCGUCGCCCGCUUGCCGCCCAGCAGCCCAGCCCGGACCCCGUGCACACCGUAAUCAGCCGGGUCAAGGCACGAGAAGCAGAUGCAAAUAUGUGCGUCGGCACAAUGCGCUGCCCAAUAGAGUGUGUGCGAAACUCGGCGCUUUGGUGCCGACGGGAUCCAGGGUUGCGGCUACCAUUCCCAUGUUUCCAAGAGAGCACGUUGAGUGCGUCGAGAGGUCCGAACACACCAAGUGCUUGGAACCCGGGGAAAGGCGCAAUGCCGACUCGUAG